UCUUAAUAGGCUUCUAACAUCCUGUUCGUUUCUAGGCCUUCUCUUUCGCUUCCCAUCUAUCUACACAACAACAACAACAACAACAACAACAACAACAACAACAACAAGAAGAGAGAGCUAAGCUAAGCAAAAGAGAAAGAGAAUGGCGUCGUCGAGUGGUCUGAGGAGCUGCUCCGCCGUCGCGUUCCCGAGACUUCUCUCGUCGUCCAAAUCACAAUUUGCGGCCUCGCUCGCCAUCCCGAACACUUCCUCCGGCCGCGUCUCCAUGUCCGCCGAGUGGAUGCCCGGCCAGCCCCGCCCUCCCUACCUCGACGGCUCAGCCCCCGGUGAUUUUGGGUUCGAUCCACUGCGCCUCGGAGAGGUGCCCGAGAACCUGGAGAGGUACAAGGAAUCUGAGCUCAUCCACUGCAGAUGGGCGAUGCUCGCUGUGCCAGGGGUCUUGGUGCCGGAGGCGCUGGGGCUCGGGAACUGGGUGAAGGCGCAAGAGUGGGCGGCAAUCCCCGGCGGCCAGGCGACCUACUUGGGCAACCCGGUACCAUGGGGUACCCUUCCGACCAUCCUUAUCAUCGAGUUCUUCGCCAUCGCCUUCGUCGAGCAUCAGCGCAGCAUGGAGAAGGAUCCGGAGAAGAAGAAGUACCCCGGCGGCGCCUUCGACCCCUUGGGAUUCUCCAAGGACCCUGAGAAGUUCAAGGAGUACAAGGUCAAGGAAAUCAAGAACGGUCGGCUAGCGAUCUUGGCCUUCGUGGGUUUCUGUGUGCAGCAGUCGGCGUACCCGGGGACGGGGCCGUUGGAGAACUUGGCGGCCCACCUCGCCGACCCAUGGCACAGGAACAUCGGCGACGUCAUCAUCCCCAGAUCCAUUGUGCCAUGAGCUGCUUGACCUUGAUUCAGUAAUCACUUCAUUGUACAACUCCCUUGUAAUCAUCUGAGAAGAAUCUAAUAUAAUUAAUGUUUGUACCUUGUCACAUGUAUGUAGGACAUGUCGGUCUUUUGCCAAUCCAAACGCACAAAAAUCAUAUGUAUUUUUUGAGAACUUUGCUGUGGAAAGCGCUUCAGAUGAUGUGAUUA